AUGGAGCCUGGGAAACUGUUGGAUCCCCCGUCAGACACAGGCAGCAGUCCGAAAAAACAGAAAAAAACGCAUGAAUGCUCAGAGUGUGGAAAAUCCUUUGCUCACAAGAAGGUCCAUGUGGGAAGGGGAUCCAGUCAAGGUUUGGAGAGUGAGAAAUCCUUCUCUGGAAAAGACGCCAAAGACCCCAGAAGACCUCCCAGACCACAACCCUAUAAAUGUGAGGAAUGCGACUUAUGCUUUGGUCAAAAGUCACACCGUCUGACACACCAGAAACUCCACACUGGAGAGAAACCUUAUCCGUGUCUGGAAUGUGGAAAAUCUUUCCUUCAAAGAGGAAAACUCAGAAUUCACGAGAGGAUUCACACAGGGGAGAAACCUUACACGUGUUGGGAAUGUGCGAAGAGCUUUUCUAGCAAUGGAAGUCUUCGGCUUCAUGAAAAGAUUCAUACAGGAAUAAGACCUUACAGAUGCUUUGAGUGUGGGAAAUGUUUCACCCAGAGUUCAUCUCUUCGGACUCAUGAGAAAACACACAGGGGGGAGAAAAAUGAAAAGUGCCUCGAAUGUGGGAAAUGUUUUACCUUGAAAUCACACCUGGUGCAACAUCAGAGAAUUCACACUGGAGAGAGACCCUACGAAUGCCCAGAAUGUGAGACCCGAUUUGUGGAUGCUUCUAAUCUUUGGAGGCACCAGAAGGGGCACAAAGGGGAGCUACCCUAUAAUUGUGGGGAGUGCGGAAAAUGUUUUAGCCAAAAAUACCAGCUUCGAAGGCAUGAGAGGGUCCACACAGGAGAGAAGCCAUACAGAUGCGUAGAAUGUGGGAAAUCCUUCGCUCAAAAGGGAAACCUUUGGACACAUCUUAAAACCCACACAGGGGAGAAGCUAUACGGAUGCCUCGAAUGUGGAAAAUCUUUUGCUCGGAAGGGAAACCUUUUGGCACAUCAAAAAACCCACACUGGGGAGAAGCCAUAUCAAUGCAUCGAAUGUGGGCAAUUUUUUUCUACCACAUCACACCUUAGAAGUCACGUAAAAACUCACACAGGGGAAAAAAAUUACAAAUGUUUAGACUGUGGGAGAACAUUUGCUGAUUCCUCUCACCAUAGACGUCAUGCCCGAAUCCACAUAAGAGAGAAGCCCCACAAAUGCUCAGAGUGCAAUAAAUGUUUUUCUCAAAAAAAUACUCUUGUGAUACAUCAGCGAAUCCACACUUGA